CGAAAGCCAGCGAGGAAGGCCGUCAAACGAGCAAAUACUGAGACUAAAUCAGCCAUACCCUCCAAGAUCGCUCGUGCUGGUUCAAACAAAUUCAAAAAGCAAGUACGCGAGUUCGUGGAGGAGUACGAGAAAAAGCACGUGGACGACCUAUUUGACACAACCCCGUCCAAGGAAGGCUUGCCGGAGCUGCCGGACUUUGGUUCGAUCAAGUCGCCGGGGCUCGCAACCCCCUCGCAUAGCCUUGACGAAGACUCGGAAGUGGACGAUGAGGCUCCAGGGCUCCUCAAGAAGCUAAGCUCGCGAAGGCGCGACGACAUUGACUCGUAUGUGCUGGGCAUCAAUCGCCAACACGUUGCCGCUGGUGGAGUCAAAAUGGCUGCUGGCAAGAAGAAGGCGGUAAUGCUUGUCGAAGCAGUUGGGUCACACUCUAUCAAGGGAAUUGUGAGCCCAGGAGGAACUACUCAUGUUUGUAUCGAAAAGGACGGCAGCUCAUCGGAGGGUGAGGACGAAGAUGACUACCGCAGCAGUGAAGAAGAGGAAGACUUUGAUUUGCCGUGA